AGUUCCGUGCGUCCAUGAUGUACUGCGCGCUGCCAUUUUGUUCAAUUCGACCAAACUUUUUGCACUCCGGACGAGAAUUUCUACGUUUUCCCUAUCCGUUUCUCACCAAAAUUGGGCCAUUUUGGUGGCCUCACCCUGGGUCAUGAAUGCCUCUCACACGCAAUGAGCAGAAUUCAUCCCUGAAAUCGGAUUUGGAGAUUGGGCAAAGAAAAAGGAAGACUUCGGGAAACAACCACCAUCACGGUCACGACAGAAAAAGAACAAGGGACGAUUUGUGCGAAGACGACGAAAACCUCAUCAUGGGAGAAGCUCCAAAACGGGCGAACUUUUCAGCCUUAAGCACCUCAAAUAAUGGGUUCACAAGUAGAGCUUCCCCUCUAGUGAACAAUAAACCCGGCAGCUCUAAGAAGCUUGUAAUCAAGAAUUUCAAAGUGAGGCCAGAGUUGCCAGAGAACUACCAGGAACAGACAUGGCAACGAUUGAAGGAAGCCGUGGAGGCAAUCCACACCAGCAGACCCAUCAAAUACAGCUUGGAAGAGCUCUACCAGGCUGUGGAGAAUAUGUGCUCCCAUAAGAUGUCUGCUGCCCUCUACGACAAGUUGAAGAUAGUCUGCGAGUCGCAUGUCCGAUCGCAGAUUGGGCUGUAUACGGGUGAAAUCCUGGAUAGCCUCUCAUAUCUCAAACAGCUAAACACAUGUUGGUUGGAUCACUGCAGACAGAUGAUCAUGAUCAGAAGUAUAUUUCUCUUCCUCGAUAGAACUUAUGUCCUUCAAAACUCCUUUGUUUCUUCACUCUGGGAUAUGGGAUUGGAUCUGUUCCGCUCCCACAUCAUCAGCAACAAGACUGUGCAAAUGCGAACAGUAGAGGGCCUCCUUCAACUGAUUGAGAGCGAGCGAGGCGGCGAUGUCGUCGACCACAGCCUUCUAAAGAGCCUCCUCAGGAUGUUGUCUGAUCUUCAGAUCUAUGAAGAGGCGUUUGAGAAGAAGUUCUUGGAUGCGACAGAAAGGCUCUACGCUGCUGAGGGAAAGCAACUUAUGCACGAGAGAGAUGUUCCGGAGUACUUGGCCCAUGUCGACCGUAGACUAGAGGAAGAAUCUCAACGAAUAAUGUACUACCUAGACCACACCACAAGAAAAUCGCUAAUAGCCUGUGUUGAAAAGCAGCUAAUGGAGACGCACAUCUCGAUGAUUCUCCAGAAAGGUCUGGAUGAGCUGCUGAACUUGGACAGAACUCAGGAUCUGUCGUUGCUUUACAGUUUGUUUCAACGCACCAAGACUGGCCUAAUAGAACUGUGUCAAUAUUUCAGUGCCUACAUAAAGAAAACCGGCACGACAAUUAUCAUCAACCCUGAGAAGGACAAGACAAUGGUACAGGAACUGUUAGACUUCAAGGACAGGAUGGAUAACGUCAUGACGGAAUGCUUCACAGAGAAUGAAAAGUUCUUCAAUACCCUCAAGGAAUCCUUUGAGGGCUUCAUCAACAAGAGGCUCAACAAGCCUGCCGAGUUAGUCGCUAAGUACGUGGAUAACAAGCUAAGAGCUGGAAACAAAGAAGCCACUGAGGAAGAACUUGAGAGACUACUGGACAAGAUAAUGGUCAUCUUCAGGUUCAUACACGGUAAAGACGUGUUUGAAGCUUUCUACAAGAAAGAUUUGGCCAAGAGGUUAUUGGUGGGCAAGAGUGCAUCAGUAGAUGCUGAGAAAUCAAUGCUGUCUAAGCUCAAACAAGAAUGUGGUGGCGCUUUCACAAGUAAGCUAGAAGGAAUGUUCAAGGAUAUGGAACUAUCAAAGGACAUUAUGAUUGCAUUCAAGCAGCAUAUUCAGCACCAAAAUAUUCCCGGUAAUGUGGAUCUAACAGUCAACAUACUCACGAUGGGCUACUGGCCGACGUACACACCUAUGGAGGUGCAUUUACCCGCAGAGAUGGUGAAGCUGCAGGAGAUAUUCAAGCACUUCUAUCUGAGUAAACACAGCGGUCGUAAGCUUCAAUGGCAACCCAACCUAGGACACUGCGUUGUGAAGGCACAGUUCAAAGAGGUUAAAGAACUACACGUGUCACUGUUUCAAAGCCUGGUUCUUCUCUUGUUCAAUGAAGGGAAUGACUACACACUAGAAGACAUCGCCCAGGCUACCGGCAUUGAAGAUACAGAAUUAAGGAGAACUCUACAGUCCCUUGCUUGCGGUAAAGCUAGAGUAAUCACGAAAACACCAAAGGGGAGAGACGUCGAUGAUGGGGAUAAGUUUUUCUUCAAUAAUGACUUCAGACACAGGCUCUGCAGGAUCAAGAUCAACCAAGUCCAGAUGAAAGAAACGGCGGAGGAGCAAUCCAACACACAAGAGAGGGUUUUCCAGGACCGGCAGUACCAGAUCGACGCUGCCAUUGUCCGGAUCAUGAAGAUGCGCAAGGCUCUCAACCACACGCUACUGGUAUCGGAGCUCUACAACCAGCUCAAGUUCCCCGUCAAGCCGUCAGAUUUAAAGAAGAGGAUCGAGAGUCUGAUCGAUCGCGACUACAUGGAAAGAGACAAGGACAAUCAAAACCAAUACCACUAUGUGGCCUAGACUCACCCCUCAAGCUGUUCCAUAGCACCUGUCAUGCAGACUGCUAUUGCAAUGAACUUAUUCUGUGCAGGAUUCCAUGGUUGUGUCUUGUUGAGAAGACUAACUCUAUAAUGUGCUAGACUCCACCACAGUCGUUCUUUUGGGAGGUUUUGGGUCUUACACUGUCACCAUCACCAGUCAGCAAGUGUACAAAUGCUUUGUGUAUGAAAGAUAUCAGCUUAGUCGAUUUGACUUCUGGUGUGUGGAGACUACAUGGAUAAGAAGGUGUAAGGAUUGUGUAACUGCAAAGACUAGUCUCCAAUUCAGCCUGCGGUGCUUCAUUUUGGAGAGGGUGGCCCAUCGAUAAGGACUGAGACACAUGAGCGGAGACUACACAUAAAAUUUGUGUUGUAAAUGAAGUGCACAAUGCUAGUAUCCAAAAUCAGCCUGCUUGUUUUGUGUUCCUUUUUUCAAUGAAGCAGCUAUUGUCAAAAUCCAGCACAGCAGUUAUAAGUGAUUUUUGUUGUUUAUUGUGUGUGUUUGUUGUUGUUUUGUUAAUUUUUUUUUUUUUUUUUUUUGGGGGUAGGGGUUUCAUAUAAAAAGAAAUCCGAUAUGAACAAGAGAAAGUGCAAGAAUAAAAGUGUUGGAUGCCUUUCCCGGGUAAUUUGAGUUAUUUCUUUUGGUUUUGAAGACUUUUUUGUAAACUGAAAACUGAAUUUCCAAUGUGACUAGAUCCAGCAUCUUUUAUUCUUAUACGUGACCUGUUUUGUUUUUGCAUGAGUAAAGUUGAGUUGACACAUGUAAUUAUUAACAAUGCACCAUGUAUACCAUCAUGCCAAAGUGCUUAUUUAACUUAAAAGAUGCCCAAACCAGAACACUUGUUUUUAUAGUUGACCUUAUAUGACAAGAACAUUAAGGGUAGGGUUAUAGAUUGUUUUUAUGUCAACAUAAUUGUGAUUUAUAGGCAAAAUUUAAAAGAAAGAUACAAUAAAAGUUACAUGUGAAAGUUUCUGCUGGUGUUAACUUGCUGGGAAAACAGCAAAAACUUUCACUUUAGUUUAAGAUGUUUCCCAAAAGAUACAAUAAAAGUAUGUGAAAGUUUCUGCUGAAUACAGUGCUAACUUGCUGGGUAAACUAAACAGCAAAAAAAACAACACUGCAGUUUGCGAAAUAAUCCCUGUUUAGCGAGGUGACAGCAAGUACCAAUCGCAUCCGUCCAGCCGCAGCAUUUGCUAACAGACACCAACCCUGUGAAAUAUGAGAAUCGAUUCAUCAAUCGUUUCUCAGAUUCAAAUUUGUUGGGGUGAAAAAUUAUCCAAACCAUAAUUACUUCAAAAGGUAUCUUUCUCAAAAUAGUUUAUACUACAUUGUUUCAACAGCAGCAGGUUUUUUUUGGAGUACAGACCCUACCUUUAAAAAGCAAGUUGCUCUUAAUCAAUUUUUAAACUGCCCUAACUAACCUACAUGUAUGAAUGAGAAAUUUGUACAGUUUUCUGAUUGGCUCCUGCGAUAUGAUUGACAGUUAUGUUGCCAGCCGGUAAUCUAUACACAAGAUGGGUUUUGUUUUAAAGUCACUCCAUCAGUGGGCGGGACCAAUUUCUUUCUCCUUUCUGAUUGGCUGAGGCAGGAAAUGAUUGGCAAAUUGCCCCAACUAACAUGUGGAAUGAGAAAUUUGUACAGCUUUCUGAUUGGCUCCUGCGAUAUGAUUGACAGUUAUGGGUUUUGUUUUAAAGUCACUCCACCAGUGGGCUAGAACAAUUCCCUUCUCCAUUCUGAUUGGCUGAGGCGGAAAAUGAUUGGCAUUGAUUUGGUACACAGAGUUAGGCACAAUGUUAUUUCUUAGUUAUGUGGUGGUGAUAAUUAUAUUGAAUUUCUCCUAUCUUUGUCUUUUGUGUAUUUUUUGACAAGGGAAUAAGAUGUUCAAUAUUUUAUGCAUAUUGUUUGUAAACACUGCUAUAACUUAUUAAUAUAUAUAACUUAUUAUCUGACCCUUCAUUAACUGGUUUUGUUUGCUUUAAAGUAAACUGGUUUUAAAGAGUAAAUAAUUGUUUUCCCUUCAAACUUAUUUUGAUAACACUAAUUGUUUACAACACCAAAAGUGAGUGCUAAACAUUUUGUGAAGAAAUGGCUGGGCUAUUGUAUUAAACUUCUUAAAAUGUUAUUAAGUAAAUAAAGUACACAAAAUGUAAAUACAA